AUGUCGAAAUACGAGAAACCAAAAAGGUACGUUCCAGGCCCGGGACAGCCCGCAUUGCCUCCGCAGCUGACGGAAUUCCAAAAUAAAAGUGCCGAUGACGUGCUAGAAGAGCUGAAUAGGAUGCCAUUUUUCAUGACCCGUUUGGACGAUACAGAUGGAGAAGGGGGGCAGAACAUGGAACUCCAAGCGCUUAAGGCUCUGGCUUAUGAAGGUGAACCUCACGAGAUCGCCGAAAAUUUUAAAAAUCAAGGCAAUGGUCUUUAUAAGGUCGGGCGUUACAAGGAUGCCCGGGAGAUUUAUAGUAAGGGCAUCGAAAUUAAGUGCGGUGAUUCCAGUAUAAAUGAGUCCCUGUUUGCGAAUACCGCGGCAUGUGAAUUCCAAUUGAAGAAUUACAGAAAGUGUAUCAAUAAUUGCAAAAAUGCUCUGAAACUUAACCCGAAAAACGUCAAAUGCUACUACCGUAUGGCCAAUUCUUUUUUGAAGCUCGAUAAGCUUGACGGAGCAGAACAGGCUUGCAAUUUUGGGUUGCAAUUCGAUCAUGAAAACAAACCAUUUCAAUUACUUGCUGCAACUAUUGCGAGACGGAAAGACGAAUUGACAGCUAAACAAGAGAAAUUGGAGAAAGAAGCCAAGGAACGCGAGCAGACAGAGGUCUUAUUGAACGCCGCUGUCCUCUUAAGGGGCUACAAGUCUAUUACGACGCGAAGUUCACCAACUCUAUUGGACGAAGCUAGAAUGCAUCUUGAGGACAAGGCCGAUAUCGAAUCACAACUGAUUUUUCCUGCUACUGCGAUGUAUCCAACCACCGAUGAAUUUGAUUUCAUUGCUGCUGUGGGUGAAUUAAGCUCACCAGAAGAUUUGCUCGCUGUUUUGUUGCAGAGACCUCAAGAAUGGUUCGAGUUCCCUGGCCAUGAAAAUUUUACUCUAAAGAAGCUGAUUGCAUACAUGGAAACCGAGUCUGGCGGUUUGAUAAAGAUUGGGAAGAAAGUCAGCUUUCAUGACGUACUCAAAAUGGAGAAACCUUCGGUACCUUUAUUCGAUCAAGCAUUGAGAAUAUACUUCGUGCCGAAGGCAGAAAGUGAGGACUGGUUAAGGAAAUGGAAUAAAACGGACGCUUUGAAGAAAAGAGUUUGA